CCACCACCGACAAUGAGAGUGGUUGUGCUUGCACUGACUCUAGCCCUUGUGGCGAGUCAACAUGUUAAUCUUGCUCCCGAGUUUGCUGCCUCUAAGACCUACGUGUACAAGUAUGAGGCGCUGCUUCUGGGAGGACUUCCUGUGGAAGGUGUGGCGAGAGCAGGAAUGAAAGUCAUCAGCAAGAUUCUCAUCAGCGCCGUGGCUCCGAACACCUACCUGCUGAAGCUUGCAGAUCCUGAGAUCUUUGAGUACAGCGGUGUCUGGCCAAAGGACCCCUUCGUCCCAGCCACCAAGCUCACCUCAGCACUGGCCUCUCAGCUUCUGAUUCCCAUCAAGUUUGAGUACGCUAAUGGUGUGGUUGGCAAGGUGUUCGCCCCUGUGGGAGUCUCUGCUACAGUUCUGAAUGUCCACAGAGGUAUCCUCAAUAUUCUUCAACUCAACCUCAAGAAGACCCAGAACGUCUAUGAGCUGCAAGAGGCUGGAGCCCAGGGAGUGUGCAAGACCCACUACGUCAUCAGUGAGGAUGUCAAGGCCGAGCGCAUCGUCGUCACCAAGUCCAAGGAUCUCACCAACUGCCAAGAGAGGAUCAUCAAGGAUUUGGGCCUGGCUUACUUGGAAACACUGGAAGCCAAGAGCCUGUCUGGAGCCGCAACCUACAGCUACAUCAUGAAACCAAGCGCCACUGGUGCCCUGAUCACUGAGGCCACAGUGAGGGAGCUCCAUCAGGUCACACCUGUUGCUGAGAUGGGAGGAGUUGCACAGAUGGAGGCCAAGCAAAGCUUGACCUUCCUGGAGAUUGAGAAGACCCCUAUUGUGCCCAUCCACGCAGACUAUGUGGCCCGCGGAUCUCUGUUCUAUGAGUUCGCCACAGAAAUCCUUCAGUCUCCAAUUCAGCUCCUGAAGAUCAGCAAUGCACAGGCUCAGAUUGUGGAGAUUCUGCACAAUCUUGUGGCCAACAACGUGGCCAAGGUCCAUGAGGAUGCUCCUCUGAAGUUCAUCCAGCUGAUCCAGGUCAUGCGCGUGGCCAGCGUGGAGAACAUCUAUGCCAUCUGGACGCAGUUCAAGGCCAGGCCAGAAUACAGACGUUGGAUUCUGGACACCAUUCCCGUUGUUGGAACGCCAGCUGCUCUGCAGUUCAUCAAGGAGAAGUUCCUGGCUGAAGACAUCAGCAUUCCCGAAACUGCCCAGAUUCUUCUGGCCGCUGUGCAUAUGGUUCCCGCUGAUCUGGAGGUCAUCAGACUGGUCAAUAUCCUGGCCCUGCACCACAAGCUCCAGGCCAACCCUGUUCUGCGUGAGAUUGCCAUGCUGGGAUACGGUACCAUGAUCUCCAAGUACUGCGCAGCAGUCCCUACUUGCCCAGCUGAACUCCUGAGGCCCAUCCAUGAGCUGGCAGCUGAGGCUAUUGCUAAGGCUGAUAUCGCUGACAUCACCCUGCUAAUCAAAGUUCUCGGUAAUGCUGGUCAUCCCGCCAGUCUUAAGCCAAUCAUGAAGAUCCUCCCUGGGUUUGGUUCUGCAGCUGCCGCUCUCCCCAUGAGAGUGCAAGUCGACGCCAUCUUGGCUCUCAGAAACAUCGCUAAAAGGGAACCCAGAUUGAUCCAGCCCGUGGCGCUGCAGCUGUUCAUGGACAAGGCCCUGCACCCUGAGCUGCGUAUGGUGUCCGCGGUGGUUCUGUUCGAGACCAAGCCCACCGUGGCACUGGUGUCCACUAUCGCCAGCGUUCUGAAGAAGGAGACCAGCAUGCAGAUCGUCAGCUUUGUGUAUUCCUACAUCAGAUCCCUCACCAGGAGCACGGUCCCAGACUACGCCUCAGUUGCUGCUGCCAGCAACGUUGCUAUCAAGAUCUUGAGCCCCAAGCUGGACAGACUGAGCUAUCGUUUCAGCAAAGCCAUCCACCUUGACAUCUACAGAAGUCCUGUGAUGGCUGGUGCUGCUGGCACUGCGUUCAUCAUCAACGAUGGCGCCACCAUCCUGCCCAGAGCGGUAGUGGCCAAAGCUCGUGCCUAUCUUGCUGGAGCUGCUGCUGAUGUUCUUGAGUUUGGAGUGAGAACUGAGGGAAUUCAGGAGGCCCUUCUGAAGACUCAUGUGCUGGAGGAUCUGGAGGACGACAGGAUCACCAAGAUGAAGCGCGUCAUGAAGGCGAUUGCUGAAUGGAAGGCCUUGCCAACUAGCCAGCCACUCGCAUCUGUCUACGUGAAAUUCUUUGGACAGGAGAUUGCUUUUGCCAACAUUGACAAGGAUAUUGUUAAUCAAGCAGUUCAGCUAGCCACCAGUGCCGAUGCCAAGACCCUGCUGAAGGAUGCCCUGCGGGCCCUGCAGACAGGAAUCAGCGCUCAGGCCGCAAAGCCUCUUCUGGCUGCUGAGAUCCGCCGCAUCUUCCCCACGGCUCUCGGUGUGCCCAUGGAGAUCAGCCUCUACUCCGCUGCCGUCGCUGCUGCCACCAUCAAGGUGAAAGCAACAAUUACCCCUCCUCUUUCUGAACCUCUCACUGCUGCCGAGCUGCUGAAAACAGACAUUCAGUUGGAAGCUGAGGCCACUCCAAGCAUCACCAUGCACACCUUUGCUGUGAUGGGAGUCAACACGGCCUUCCUGCAGGCUGCCAUCAUGGCCAGAGCCAAGGCUCUCACCGUGCUGCCUGCCAAGCUUGCUGCAAGAGCAGACAUUCCCAAACUGAACUUCAAGAUCGAAGCUCUCCCUGUUGUGACACCUGAGCACAUCGCAGACAUUAGUGUGGAGACCCUGGCUAUUGCCCGUAACAUUGAGGACCUUGCAGCUGAGAGGAUUACUCCAAUGGUGCCUAUUAUUGCUGCACAGCGUAUGUCUGCCGAGAGAGUGGCAUCUAUGUCUCGUAGUCUGUCCCAGUCCCAGUCCCAGUCCGCUGAGAUCAUCUACUCUGAGGCAUCAUCUGAACUGCUGAAAGCAAACACACCAAUCCACAAGACCAUCUGUGUCCCUGCUGCUCUCCUGGGAGUUAAGGGAUGUUUCGAGUUCUCCUCCAGCAAUGGUGCCCUCAUCAAGAACAUUCCCGUGCUCAACCUAAUUGGGCAACACGCAGUUCGUGUUGCUGUGAAACCAGUUGAUGGCACAGUCAUUGAAAGACUGGAGGUUGAAGUGCAAGUUGGACCCAAGGCUGCAGAAAGGCUUCUGAAGGAAAUCAACAUAAUCGACGAGCAGACGACCGAGGGCAGAACCAUUGUGUCUAAGCUGAGGAAGAUCCUUGAGCCCGCUCUGAGGAACAGCUCCAGCAGCUCCAGCAGCUCCAGCCGUAGAUCCUCCAGCUCCUCCAGCUCUUCCUCACGCGUCAACAGCAAGAUGGCCGCCAGCUCCUCCAGCAGCUCCAGCAGCCUGUUCAGCUCCAGCAUGUUUGGUCUCAGCAGCCUGUUGAGCUCCUCCUCCUCCUCCAGCUCAAGCUCCAGCUCAUCCAGCUCCCGCAUGUCAAAGGCUUCAUUCAAGGAAUACCCAUUCAAGAAAUUCCACAAGAACCAGCACUUGGUCUCUCAAGGAAUCUCCGCUCAGAAGCUCAGAAGCAGUGGAAGCAGCGCAUCCAGCUUUGAAGCCAUUUACCAACAAAACAAGUUCCUCGGUAACGCCGUCGCUCCUAUUGUGGUGGUCCUGUUCCGCGCCGUGAGAGCUGACCAGAAGCUGCUGGGCUACCAGGCUGCCGCCUAUCUGGACAAGGCCAACUACAGACUGCAGACCAUCAUCUCCGCUCUGGCUGAGACUGACAACUGGAAGAUGUGUGCUGACGGUGUUCUUCUCAGCAAGCACAAAGUCAUGGGUAAGGUUGCGUGGGGAGCAGAGUGCCAGGAGUAUGCUACUAUCUUGAAGGCAGAAGCUGGUCUUCUUGGUGCAAGCCCUGCAGCCCGUCUGGAGCUGGAAUGGGUGAAGAUCCCUAAAAUUGUCACCACCUAUGCAACCAGGCUGGCUAAGUACAUCCCAGGUGCUGCUCUGAUGGCUGGAAUCACUGUCAACAAAGCCAAGAACAGUGAGAAGGAACUGGAACUGACUGUUGCCAUCCCUACUGAAAGGACAGUCAAUGUGAUCGUGAAACUGCCAACGAUGACUCUCUCCAAACUGGCCCUGCCUCUGCCCAUUGCUCUGCCUAUUGGAGCUGAUGCCAUGAUAGCCAAUCCCGAGGAGAACAUCCUUGAGCAGCUGCACUUCCUGUAUUCCAAGGCCACCGCUGCCCAGUGUAGUUUGGUCCAGAAGAAACUGACCACAUUCAACAACAGGAAAUACACAAUUGAGAUGCCCCUCUCCUGCUACCAAGUGCUGGCACAGGACUGCACCCCAGAGCUUAAGUUCAUGGUGUUGCUCAAGAAGGACCAGCUUACCCAGCAGAACCACAUCAAUGUGAAGAUUGCUGAUAUGGAUGUUGACCUGUACCCAACUGGCAGCGAUGUGCUGGUGAAGGUUAACGGUGUUGAGGUUCCCAUUUCCAACCUUCCCUACCAACAUCCCUCAGUCCCAAUCCAGAUCAGACAGAAAGCUCAGGGCCUGUCACUGCAUGCUCCUCGCCUGGGUCUUCAGGAGGUUUACUUCGCCAAGGACACAUGGAGGGUCAACGUUGUGGACUGGAUGAAGGGCCAGACUUGUGGUCUCUGCGGUAAAGCCGAUGGAGAGACCAGACAGGAGUACUCCACUCCCAGCGGUGUCCAGACAGAGAACUCCGUCAGCUUCGCCCAUUCCUGGACCCUUCCAGCUGAGAACUGCCGUGACAGCACUCAGUGCCGUCUGCAGCGUGAAUCUGUGAAGCUGGAGAAACAGAUGGUUGUGAAUGGCCAGGAUUCUACAUGCUACUCUGUUGAACCAGUGCUUCAGUGUCUGCCCGGGUGCCUCCCAGUGAAGACCAUGCCUGUCACUGUUGGAUUCCACUGCUCUCCCUCUGUCCCCAUCAUCCGCUCUGUGGAUCUUAGCAACAUCUCUCAGAAGAGUGUGGAUCUGAUGGAGACUGCAGAAGCCCAUAUGGAAUGCCAGUGCAAUGCAGAGUGUGCAUAGAUUGUUUUAAAUUCCAGUCCAUGUAUUUAUCAAUUAGAUCUAUCUGUCCCUGUUGUGAUUCUAAACCCCAUGUAUGCAGUCAAUGCAAGUUCUGAAAUAAAUAAACAUUGAGCACAUAAA